CAUUUCCUGAGGUGUGCCAGAGUUAUUUUAAGCUUAUGACGAUGUUCCUCUCUAUUUGCAUCUAUUUUUUUUUAUUUUCACUGCCCCUGUCCUAUAUGCACCCCUUCCCCCAUAACCAUUAAUUUAUUCCACUGCAAUUCCAUAUAGCACCUUCUGACGUCCACUAUGAACGCUCUGACGAACUAAGGUCCAGCUUUAAAAGAAAUGUAUUUUAAUAAAGCCAAGACCCUUGCAAGCGUGUUCCAGUUAUCAGUAGCAUGUCCAGUAAGCAAAAACACAGAUGUAAUCUUUAUCUAAGUGCUCUCUAAUAAUCACCAAAAGGUGAGCUAAGGACUUUGAGGAAGGUCAAGAAGAUACCCAAGACCAAGAAUCAUUUUGCUGGAGGAACAGUUGUAUGUUAAAGCUCCGCAGUUCUAAAUGUAUGGAGGACAAAUGUACUGCACCUUCUCACAGUUAUUAAUGAAAUAGCCAGACAAGGCUCUGGAAGAAGAUGGCUUUCCACGUGGAGGGGCUAAUUGCUAUAAUCUUGUUUUAUUUGGCUAUUCUAUUUGUUGGUAUCUGGGCUGCCUGGAGAACUAAGAACUCUCGUGGGGAUGGAGAUCCUAGAGAAGGAAUUUUUGUGGGUGGCAGAGACAUUGGAUUGCUAGUUGGUGCUUUUACUAUGACUGCAACAUGGGUUGGUGGAGGCUAUAUCAAUGGAACAGCAGAAGCCGUGUAUGUGACAGGCUAUGGUCUGGCUUGGGCUCAAGCACCAAUUGGCUAUGCCCUCAGCCUCAUUGUAGGUGGUCUGUUCUUUGCAAAGCCUAUGCGGUCCAAAGGAUAUGUGACCAUGCUGGAUCCUUUCCAGCAGAUAUAUGGAAAACGAAUGGGAGGUUUGCUUUUCAUACCUGCACUGAUGGGGGAGAUGUUCUGGGCUGCUGCCAUACUCUCUGCUUUAGGUGCCACCAUAAGUGUUAUAGUGGACAUUGACAUCAACAUUUCUGUAGUAGUGUCUGCUUUGAUUGCCAUCUUCUAUACCCUUGUUGGUGGACUGUACUCUGUUGCUUAUACAGAUGUUGUUCAACUAUUCUGCAUCUUUGUGGGAUUGUGGAUCAGUGUACCUUUUGCAAUGAUGCAUCCCUCAGUUACAGACAUCACAGUGACAGCUGUGGAAGAAGUCUACAAGGAGCCUUGGAUGGGCAGCAUUAAGAAUGGAGAUAUCUGGUCUUGGAUUGACAGUUUCAUGCUUCUGACGCUAGGAGGAAUUCCCUGGCAGGCCUAUUUUCAGAGGGUCUUAUCUGUUUCGUCUGCAACAUAUGCUCAAGUACUCUCUUUCUUAGCUGCUUUUGGUUGUUUGAUAAUGGCAAUUCCUUCCAUUCUAAUUGGAGCCAUUGGAGCCUCCACAGACUGGAAUCAAACCUCAUAUGGCUUACCUGAUCCGGAGUCCAGAGAAGAAACAGACAUGAUUCUACCCAUUGUACUUCAAUAUUUGUGUCCACCUUACAUCUCCUUCUUUGGACUUGGUGCAGUAUCUGCUGCAGUAAUGUCAUCAGCCGAUUCUUCCAUCCUAUCAGCCAGUUCAAUGUUUGCCAGGAAUAUUUACCAACUUUCAUUCAGGCAAAAUGCAUCAGAGAAUGAAAUUGUCUGGGUGAUGCGGAUUACUGUGUUUAUAUUUGGAGCUGCUGCCACAGCUAUGGCAUUACUGGCAAAGUCAGUUUAUGGACUUUGGUACCUGAGUUCUGACCUGGUCUAUAUUGUCAUCUUCCCACAACUUCUUUGUGUUCUGUUUAUCAAAGGAACCAACACUUAUGGGUCUGUUGUAGGAUAUGUGUUUGGUCUAUUCCUCAGAAUAAGUGGUGGAGAGCCAUAUCUCCACCUGCAGGCACUUAUCUGUUAUGGAGACUGCUACCUGGACAAGAAUAACAUCGUUAUGCAAAGAUUCCCUUUCAAAACUCUUUCCAUGCUGGUUUCAUUUCUAGCAAACUUAUCUAUCUCUUACUUUGCAAAGUAUCUGUUUGAAACGGGAAGAUUGCCACCAAAAUUCGAUUUCUUUAAUGCUGUGGUGGCUAAGCACAGUGAGGAGAACAUGGACAAGACAACUUUAGUGAAGAGUGACAAUAUUAAUUUAUCUGAGUUAGCUCCAGUAAAGCCAAGACAAAGCCUGUCACUGGGUGCAACAUUUGUAAAUAAGGAGGCCAUCAGUGACUUGGACUCAAGCCCAGAGUCUCCCGACAUAGAAAACAAGAACCUGUGAUAUAGCCAUAGAAACACUGCUGCACUUGCAUAGUAAGCAAUGAACAUUGUACACUGAAACACAAAGGGUAAGCAGUAUUUAUUACGGAGUUAUGGUUUUAGAAAGCCGUCAUUGCACAAUUCACCACAAGCAUCAUAACAUCUUCUCAUAAUGAAGAAACUUGUAUUAUGUCUUCUCCGUCCUUCCGCAAUUGAUGGAUAUUAUGUGAAUCCUUCAUUACCCAAAUGUUUGUGAUGUCUUAGUAUUUGCAGGCUUUGAUCUUAUUUUUUGAAGAUUUUAGCAAUAAGUGAUAUGUUCAAAGGGAUAAAGAAACACAAACAAGUGGGAUAUUCAAAGAUAGCCAAACCAAUACAUGCAUUGUCUAAGAAUAUUAAGUGCACACUUAUUUUUUAACAUGUUGGUAUAGCUUUUUUCAUUUAGUUUCCACGCUAUAAUAGGUAAAAACUUUAUUAUUUUGCACAGUUUUUACAGUAACAUUUGUCCACAAAAUGUAUGGUUUAAAUUGCCCAACCGCAAGUGAUAAUUCACAAACUUUUCGGUUACUUGGUGUAUGGUGGAAAGUUAAUGACGAUGAACCAUGUGGCUGCAAGCUCUGUUAAAUCAUCCUUGUACUCUGCCACCCUGAAACCUAAAAAUUUGUAUGAUGCCUGCUGUGGAAACCAUGUGUUUGCUUGCCUCCUCUGGGCAGAGCAUAGAGUUACUUAAAGUAUUCAAAAAAUCCAAUGGGAACUAGUUUUGCAUUACUAAAGCUGGAGAGUGCAAAAUCU